AUGGCGGAGGCGCUGCGGCGGGUGCUAGACGCGGGUGGCGCGGCACGGGCCCGGAAGGAGUGGCCUGAGCCGGGCCCGCCUCUGCUGCUGCUUGGUGGUCCGGGCUCUGGAAAAACAUCUUUACUCUUUGCGGCCGCCCUGGACGCGGCUGGAGAAGGCCGCGGCCCUGUGCUCUUCGUGACUCGAACGCCCCUUCAAAGCCUCCCCCUCAGUUCGCGAGCCGCGCGCGACCCUUUACGGCUCCAGAAGGUUCGGUUCCACUACCCACCGUCAACCCAGGAGCUCCUCAGACUCCUUUGCUCUGCCCACGAGGCCCCUGGGCCUGCGCCCUCCCUUCUGCUGUUGGAUGGCCUCGAGGAGUACUUGGCAGAAGACCAAGGGACCCAGGAAGCCGCCUAUUUAGCUGCCUUGCUUCUGGAUACUGCAGCCUACUUUAGCGACCGACUGGGAUCCAAUCGGAACUGUGGGCUCCUGGUGGCUCUUGAGACCCGGGAAGAAGCAGAGAGUGGGGAUAACCUGCAGCUAGGAUUGAUUCGACGGUAUUUCCCUGCCCAGUGUUGGCUGCGGCCAGAUGCAGCACACCUGGGGCAGUGGCACCUCCAAGUGUUCCUGCAGUCAGGCAGGCAAAGCCCCGGGGGAGAGUGGCUGAUGACCUUCUUACCCAGCGGGGAGAUGAGGAUCACCCUGAGGCCCACCCAGGCUUCUACACCCAGCCCAGAUAAGAAGAGUUCAAGUGCUGGAGGUAAAGCCUGAGCUUUGGUGUGUGACAACCCACGGGCCUCAGUGUCCUGUGGUUGGAAUACUUAGCUUCUUUCUGGGACCUGUGCAGAUUCAGAAACCUAAAGAAUGUAAAGUGGCUGCAGAGAUGGCUUAGCAGUUAAGGCAUUUGUCCGAAAAGCCAAAGGACCCCCGUUCCAUUCCCCAGGACCCACGUUAGCCAGAUGCACAAGGGGGUGCAUGCGUCUGGAGUUUCAGUGGCUGGAAGCCCUGGCGCACCCAUUCUCGCUCCCUCUCUCUGCCUCUUUCUCUCUCUCUCUCAAAAAAAAAAAGAAUGUAAAGUGAUUUUUGCUGUUUAAAAACUAGCAUCACCGGGCGUGGUGGCGCACGGCUUUAAUCCCAGCACUCGGGAGGCAGAGGUAGGAGGAUCACCGUGAUUUGAGGCCACCCUGAGACUACAUAGUGAAUUCCUGGUCAGACUGAGCUAGAGUGAAACCCUACCUCAGAAAAAACAAAACAAACAACAAAAAAAACUAACAUUAUUGGGGUUGGUGGUGUGACUCAGGUGGGGUACAUGUCCAGUAUAUGCAAGGCCUCUAGGUUCCAUCCCCAGCAUCCCACGAAACAAGAAAACCUGGCUGGGGAGAGAGCUCAGAAGUUAAAAGGUGGUUACCAUGCAAGCAGGAAGGCCUGAACUGUUCUAAAUUCAUUUCCCCAGCACACAGGUAGACAGCAGGGUAGGGCUACACAUAUCUGUAACCUCAGUCCUAUGGGGAGCAGAGACCAGAGAAUUGCUGGGGCUUAUUUAAAACAAAACAAAACAAAACAAAAUAAAACAAAACAGCUGGGCGUGGUGGUGCAUGCCUUUAAUUCC